AGUCAGUCUCAGGCUGUCCGGCCAGGGUGGUUGGUGGUGAGGAUACAGGCUCUGUCCUGACGAGGCCGUGGCCUGAGGCUCAGGGCCCCCAGCCCCUCCCUCCCAGCCCACCAGCGUCACCCCCCCAGCCCCGAGCUGGACCGCACACCUUGGGACUCGGUUUUCCACUUCCUAAGGACAAGCCCCAGACUGGAGGAGAGGUCCGAGGAGGUGGGCGUUGGACUCUUCACGAGGACCCCGGCGGCGGGCCCCGGGGAGGCGGCCGAGGCGGCGGCGGCCGGGGUCGACAUGGCGGAGGAGCAGGAUCUGUCCGAGGUGGAACUGAGCCCCGUGGGCUCGGAGGAGCCCCGCUGCCUGUCCCCGGGGAGCGCGCCCUCGCUGGGGCCCGACGGCGGCGGCGGCAGCGGCGGAUCGGGCCUGCGAGCCAGCCCGGGGCCCGGCGAGCUGGGGAAGGUCAAGAAGGAGCAGCAGGACGGCGAGGCGGACGAUGACAAAUUCCCCGUGUGCAUCCGCGAGGCCGUCAGCCAGGUGCUCAGCGGCUACGACUGGACGCUGGUGCCCAUGCCCGUGCGUGUCAACGGCGCCAGCAAGAGCAAACCGCACGUCAAGCGGCCCAUGAACGCCUUCAUGGUGUGGGCGCAGGCGGCGCGCAGGAAGCUGGCGGACCAGUACCCCCACCUGCACAACGCGGAGCUCAGCAAGACGCUGGGCAAGCUCUGGAGGCUGCUGAACGAGAGCGACAAGCGCCCCUUCAUUGAGGAGGCCGAGAGGCUCCGGAUGCAGCACAAGAAGGACCACCCAGACUACAAGUACCAGCCAAGGAGGCGGAAGAACGGGAAGGCAGCCCAGGGGGAGUCGGAGUGCCCGGGUGGGGAGGCCGAGCAGGGCGGUGCUGCUGCCAUCCAGGCCCACUACAAGAGUGCCCACCUGGACCACCGGCACCCGGGAGAGGGCUCCCCAAUGUCGGAUGGGAACCCUGAGCACCCCUCAGGCCAGAGCCAUGGCCCGCCCACCCCUCCAACUACCCCAAAGACAGAGCUGCAGUCGGGCAAGGCAGACCCCAAGCGGGAUGGGCGCUCCAUGGGGGAGGGCGGGAAGCCUCACAUCGACUUCGGCAACGUGGACAUCGGUGAGAUCAGCCACGAGGUAAUGUCCAACAUGGAGACCUUUGAUGUGGCUGAGUUGGACCAGUACCUGCCGCCCAAUGGGCACCCAGGCCAUGUGGGCAGCUACUCGGCAGCUGGCUACGGGUUGGGCAGCGCCCUGGCUGUGGCCAGUGGACACUCGGCCUGGAUCUCCAAGCCUCCAGGCGUGGCUCUGCCCACGGUCUCGCCAUCUGGUGUGGAUGCCAAAGCCCAGGUGAAGACGGAGACUGCGGGGCCCCAGGGUCCCCCGCACUACACCGACCAGCCGUCCACCUCGCAGAUCGCCUACACCUCCCUCAGUCUGCCCCACUACGGCUCCGCCUUCCCCUCCAUCUCCCGCCCCCAGUUUGACUACUCUGACCAUCAGCCCUCAGGACCCUAUUAUGGCCAUUCGGGCCAGACCUCUGGCCUCUACUCGGCCUUCUCCUAUAUGGGGCCCUCGCAGCGGCCCCUCUACACGGCCAUCUCUGACCCCAGCCCCUCAGGGCCCCAGUCCCACAGCCCCACACACUGGGAGCAGCCAGUAUAUACGACACUGUCCCGGCCUUAAAGGGGUUCCUGUCACCACCACCACCACCCUGUCCCUUCCCCCAGCCCUUGCACCCUUUUCCUCACCCAUCUCAGGCCUGGUGGCGGCUGUGGAGCAGGCUGCAGAGGCUGACAGCUGGGGGAAGGCCUUCUGUCUGGCUCAUUGCCUUUGAUGACCCCACCCCAUCCAGUCUGGGCUCCAGCCCAGGCACAGCCCUGGGCAACUCGGCUGGGCAGAGGAGAAGGAGGUUGAUUGUUGCCCCUAGACUGAAAAAUGAGGGGCUGCACCUUCCCCCCAGGAAUGACCCUCGGCCCCAGGAUCUGAGAAGGCCCCGCUCAUCCUCCUCUGGAAGGAGGGGAAGCCUCGAGGGUGGGAUGGGAAUCGGAGGCCUUGCCACUCUGAUGCCCGUGUUUCCUCUUUCGUGGGGAAUGAGGGGUCUGACAUAACCUGUGCCUCCUGUGUUGUGUGCCCAAGCCAACCAGAGACCUGCAUCAGGGCCUGGAGCAGGCUAUGUCUGCCCCUUGGGGGCUGAGGACAGCUUUGAACAGCCUUGAUGGAGUAGGGGUGGGGUGGGGGCUCAGAGGGCCGUCUCCUCAUCCCUUGAGUGCCCCCUCCCCUCCUAAACACAGGAAGGAAUUGGCACAGAGGCCCCCUAGAUCCAAUUCCAUGCCAAUAACCUCAUUCUUUGUCUAAUGGAGAAAGAGGGCCCAGGUCCUCCUUCACUGCAACCUCGCAGACUUUGAGGCACAUCCCAGGAGGCAAGGAGGCAGGGGCUCCGGGAAAGGAUUCGGAGACAAUUCAGACCCUUCCUCCCGGGCCCCCGCCAACUCUCUCUUCCCUCCAGGCUCUGUGGCCCCUACUCUGUCAGCCCCAACUCCCUGGGCUUCCCCGAGAGUUACAGCUGCCCAGGCCCAAGCCCUUGGCUCCAGGGAGACCCAGGUUGCUGUCAGCAGGCUGAAGACACUGAACUCCUGACGUGUACAUUCUGCCCUGGCCUUUUGCCCUUUGCCUCCCAGUGGUAUUUGAAUAAAGUAUGUAGCUCUGU